AUGUCCGACGAGCAAAUCAUACUCCCCAUCAUCGACUCCCACAUUCACCUCUACCCAGCGGCCGAAACAGACUCCCUCGCUUGGUACACACCCGAUGGCCCCCUUGCCGGCCAACAUUCCCUGGAAGAAUACCGCGAAGCUACCUCUUCGGCACCGUCUCUCCUAGGCUUUGUCUUUGUCGAAACAGACCGCAAGAAUGAUGUUGAGUCUGGCGCAGUCGAUGGCUCCGGCUGGGAGCAGCCUUUGGCUGAGGUCUCGUGGCUCAAGCGUGUUGCGCUUGGCCAGCCGCGCGAAGGAGAGGGCCACAGCCCCGAGGAUGCAAAGCUGUGCCUCGGUAUUGUACCCUGGGCGCCGUUACCAAGCGGCCCUGGGGUUCUAGAGCGUUAUCUUGAUCGAGUGAAAGAGGAGGCCGGCGAUGCUUGGCCUAAGAUCAAAGGGUUCCGCUACUUGCUACAGGACAAGCCUCAUGGCACUAUGCUGGACGAUAAAUUCAUCGAAGGCGUCAAGCUUCUUGGUCGACGAGGAUUUACCUUCGACGUUGGCAUUGAUCAGCAUCGACGCGGAAAGAAGCAGCUCGAUGAGGUGAUCGAGUUUGUUGACCGUGUUCACGAUGGUGUUCCCGAGGAGGAGAAGGUCACAUUGGUGCUAAACCACCUCUGCAAACCCGACUUCAGCAUCUAUAACCUUACAUCAGACCCCAGCUUUCACGCCUGGCGUACUGCUGUCUACACCCUCAGCAAAGACUCUCACGUCUACAUGAAGCUCUCCGGUGGCUUCUCCGAGAUGCCUGACUCCCUACGAAACCAGGACCCCAACCACAUCUUCGAGGCUACUCUCGCUUGGCUCGGUAUUGUCCUCGCUACCUUUGGUCCCAGCCGUAUCAUGUUUGGCAGCGACUGGCCUGUCUGCACUGUCAACACCGACAAUGCCUGGCCUAGAUGGCGUAGCAUCGUCGAACGCAUGUGUUGGAUGGCUACGCUGAGUGAUGAAGAGCGCGCAAUGAUCUUUGGAGGUGCGGCCAAGAAGGCUUAUGGCCUCUAA